AUGAAAAAUAAUUAUUCAUUGCUAUUACUACUAUUAUUUAUAAAUAUAUUUUUUAUUUCAUUUGGUUCAUCAAUGAAUCAAGUUACUUUGGAUGAAACAACAAAUUAUAUUUUUCAAUGGGAAUUGAUAGAAAAUGAUGAAAUUUUAAUAAUAUUAUCAGCAAAUAUAAAAACAUGGUUGGGUAUUGGAUGGGGAAAUGAAAUUAAUGGAAUGAGUAAUGCAGAUUAUGCAAUUGGAAUAUUCGAUAAUAAAGGUAAUUUAAAUAUGAGUGAUAUGGUAGUAACACCAACUCAAAAAAUGAAUAAGCCAAGUUACGAUACGAAAGUCGGUGGUACAAAUGAUAUUUUAACAUCAUAUGGUUAUCAAACAUCAGAUUACACAUAUAUAAAAUUCACAAGAAAAUUAGUAACUGGCGAUUUAGUUGGUGAUAGAGAUUUAUUUGUGGAUGGAAGAAUGACAACUUUAAUUUGGGCAAGAGGUUCAUCCCAAAAUUUAACAUAUCACGGUCAAAAUAAUCGUGGUGAAAUUUCAAUUGAUCUAAGUGGUGCUAAUAAAUCAGUUCAAGUAAAUAAUAGUAAAGAUGUGUAUCUAUAUUGGCAUAUUUCAUUAAUGUUGGGCUCAUUUUUAGUUUUAAUGCCAUUUGGUAUUUUCGUAGCAAGAUAUAUGCGUCAUUAUCACUACUGGUUCCCAUUACAUUAUUUAUUACUAGGCACAGCAUUCACAUUCUCAAUUGUUGCUUUCAUUUUAGCAUUUAUGAUGACAUCAGAUAGAAAAUUCUCAAAACAUCUAUUACAUGCCUGGUUUGGUUUAUUUACAAUCAUUCUAAUGUGUUUAGUUGUAAUUGGUGGUGUUAUGAGCCACUUGUUAUGGAAACCUGAUAGAAAGAAAACUCCAAUAUUUCCUGAUAUCAUACAUGCUUUUUUGGCAAGAUUAACUUAUUUAAUAGCACUUGUAUCAAUUUGGACUGGUUUAAAUACUUUUGAAAUUCCAAAACAAUUUUCAAUUGUAUUAGGUUUUGUUGUCUCUUUAUUCUUUGGUUUAGUUAUAUUUUUAGAAAUUUACAGAAAAAGAUACCCAAAUUCAGUUGGUGACCAUGGUUUUGAUAAAAAAGAAAUUAAAUUACAAGAAAGAAAUAGUAGUACUGUUGAUUCAACCAUAAAUAUAAAUAAUUAA